CAUUAAUUAUGGAUAAGGUAAAGAAAAAGGUAAAACUGACUGGGAAGUGAGUCCCAAGCAAAAUGAUCAGAAAGAGUGACAUUCAGCAUAACAAAACUUUAUCCAAUCUAACUCUGACUGUGUCCUCCUUCCCUGAGCAGUUACACAGCAUCCAGCAUAGCAAGGUUGCUGGGAUAGUGUCAGCUCCAGGCCACCAUGGGAAUGCAGUUGAUCAGGUAUCAGUCUGUGUUCAGAGCAGCUCCAGACUCAUGCUAUACACAUAACUCUGCUCGGGAUCUUCCCCUCUGGAGAGCCACUGCUGCUUCCUCUUUCCUUUCCCCUUCCUCCCCCCCCCUUAUUUCAUUCCCUGGGUUUUGAUCAGUGCUGUCUCCUCACUGCUACUUGCAAGCAUAGACUGGGAAUUCAAAGCUGCUUCCCCUACUGAUAGACUGGGUAUCCCAAGGAGCUGUACAACUUAGUUUGAAUGAGUCUGCAGGAAGUUUUCCAGCCUAUGCUGAAACUGGUGUAUCUGCAGGUCCAUGGCUUAUUGAUACAGUCAUUAGAUAGUUCAGUGCUAGGCAGGUACAUCUGCUGGUUGUGGAUAACCCGUUUGGACUGCAACACUUUCUUCCCUAUGAUGGUCAGGUUCAGCCAGUCAUUCCAAAGUCCAUCCCAAGGGAUUUGUGCCUAGAGACAAGUGUCUUCUCUGUAUCAGAGCUCAGAGCACGUAGUCCCCAGGGCUAGAGAAAAGUAUUUGUUGAGAGGGCAUGUGAACUCAGUAAUACAUGCAGUGUUUCUCAAAUCUCCCCCUCUUCUGUAGCUGCUGAGUUAUUUUGGUUUGGUUCAGCGAUGUUGCUUUCAGUACUCUCAAAUUUUCUUAAGUAAUGUUCGGUUUUGCUGUACAGACCUCAAGGAAGGGAAAAGUGCAACAUUACCAGAAUUUUCUGAUCUCUCUUCACUGGGAACCAGACGCAGUGUUGUUGUGUUUCUUGGCAGUCUCUCUGUUGCAGCUCAUGCCAUGCAGCACUUGGGAUAACCCUUCAGCGCCUGCCGCUUUUUGAUAGGACAGUAUUGAUGUUAUCCUGCUGUAGCUGCACAGAUGGUCCAUGCUGAUGAGACAUGGUUUCUCUUGCCUCAUAUCUCUCUGGAUCAUGUAUAAGCCCUUUGCCUCACUUGUCUCUUAAGUAGGGACUUCUUGCUAAGUGUGAGAUGACCUGCAUUUUCCUUGAAUGGUGAAAGGGAGAAGUUCUAGCUGCAUCUGUCAAACAGCGGUUGGAAUAUUGUCCUUUUGAACCUGGCAUCUGACUUGGCUGCCAUGUGCCCUGCGUAACAGAAGUUGGGGAGAAGGUCUCAGCAGCUGCCAUUAACAUCUUGGAAAGGUGCAGAUGUUUAAAGCUACCUCUGCCAUGGUAAAAUGAGGCUCGGUGGUUUCAGAGGAGGGUCAUUGUCCAGGGUCUCUGGACCACAGUGAUGAGGAAGCCUCGAAGGAGGUCCCGACAGAACUUGGAGGGGAGGCGUUCUCCCUCGCCCUACAGCCUCAAGUGCUCCCCGACUCGAGAGACGCUGACAUAUGCUCAGGCCCAGCGGAUUGUGGAGGUGGACAUCGAUGGGCGGCUUCAUCGCAUCAGCAUCUACGAUCCCUUAAAACUCAUCACAGAGGAUGAGUUGACUGCCCAGGACAUUACUGAGUGCAACAGCAACAAGGAAAACAGUGAGCAGCCCCUUUUGCCUUCCAAAUCUAAGAAAACAACUUCCAAAGGCAAGAAGAAGGAGUCCUGCUCCAAACAUGCACCAGGGACAUCUUUACACUUACCCCAACCCAACUUCCGUGUACUGGACUCUUUCAGCCAGCCAGAUGCCCCUCCUCUUCCUGCUGCCUACUACCGGUACUUGGAAAAGCCUCCUGAAGACCUUGAUGUAGAAGUGGAGUAUGACAUGGAUGAGGAGGAUCUGGCAUGGCUGGAAAUGGUCAACGAGAAAAGAAGGGCUGAUGGUUAUGGAACAGUUUCUGCUGACACUUUUGAGCUGCUGGUGGAUCGAUUGGAAAAGGAGUCAUACCUUGAGAGCCGGAACAACGGGGCUCAGCAGUCCCUCAUUGAUGAGGACGCCUUCUGCUGUGUCUGCAUGGACGAUGAGUGUCACAACAGUAAUGUCAUUCUGUUCUGUGAUAUCUGCAAUCUGGCCGUGCACCAGGAGUGUUACGGUGUGCCCUAUAUCCCUGAGGGGCAGUGGCUUUGUCGCUGCUGUUUACAGUCCCCUUCUCGCCCUGUGGAUUGUGUCCUUUGCCCGAACAAAGGGGGAGCCUUCAAGCAGACUAGUGAUGGCCGCUGGGCUCACGUGGUUUGUGCCAUCUGGAUCCCAGAGGUCUGCUUUGCAAACACUGUUUUCCUGGAGCCCAUUGAAGGGAUCAACAACAUCCCUCCAGCUCGGUGGAAGCUCACAUGCUGUAUCUGCAAGCAGAAGGGCAUGGGAGCUGCUAUUCAAUGCCACAAGGUGAACUGUUACACUGCUUUCCAUGUCACCUGUGCCCAGAGGGCUGGUCUCUUCAUGAAGAUUGAACCCAUGAGGGAGACCAGCAUCAACGGCACGACAUUCACUGUGCGCAAGACUGCCUAUUGUGAGAGUCAUUCCCCACCUGGGAUGGUAAAAAAGUGGUCUCCAGCUGCUAGUGGUGAUGGGCAGGAGGACACUGUGAAGGAGAAGGGAGAGGAGGAAGCCAAUUCUGCCCCUUCCAAAGGGUCUCUGAAAAAGAACCAAGUGAAAUUGAAGCAAAAGAUCAAAAAGGAGCCUGGUGAUGUAACCAAAUGGCGUUCAUCUGUGCCCAUGGUGACCAUCACACAAAUUCCCUCUUACAGGCUGAACAAAAUUUGCAGUGGGCUCUCCCUCCAGAGGAAGAACCAGUUCAUGCAGAGGCUCCACAACUACUGGCUGCUGAAGCGGCAAGCGAGGAAUGGGGUGCCCCUGAUCCGGCGCCUGCACUCACAUCUCCAGUCCCAGCGGAACACAGAGCAGAAGGAGCAGGAUGAGAAGACCAGUGCAGUGAAGGAAGAGCUGAAGUACUGGCAAAAACUGCGGCAUGACUUGGAGCGGGCUCGUCUGCUCAUUGAGCUGAUCCGUAAGAGGGAAAAACUCAAACGGGAGCAGGUCAAGGUUCAGCAGGCUGCUAUGGAGCUACAGCUGACCCCUUUCAAUGUCCUUCUGCGCACAACACUGGAUCUACUGCAGGAGAAGGAUGCUGCCCAGAUCUUCACAGAGCCUGUUAACCUGAAUGAGGUUCCAGAUUACCUGGAAUUCAUUUCCAACCCAAUGGAUUUUUCCACCAUGAGGCGGAAGCUGGAGUCCCACCUGUACCGAACAUUGGAUGAGUUUGAGGAAGACUUUAACCUUAUAGUUACCAACUGCAUGAGGUAUAAUGCUAAAGACACGAUUUUCCACCGAGCAGCUGUCCGGCUCAGAGACUUCGGAGGAGCGAUAUUGCGUCACGCACGGCGGCAGGCUGAAAGCAUUGGCUUUGACACUGGUGUGGGGAUUCACCUGCCUGAGUCACCCAAAACCGAGGACUUUUACUGCUUUUCUUGGGAGGAUGUGGAUAACAUCCUCCUCCCGGAGAACCGAGCUCACCUCUCCUUGGAGGCCCAGCUGAAGGAGCUGCUAGAAAAACUAGACAUAGUGAGCACCAUGCGGUCCAGUGGUGCACGGACACGACGCAUCCGGCUCCUGAGACGGGAGAUCAACUCCAUUCGGCAGAAACUGGCCCAGCAGCAGAACAAGACCAUGGCCAAGGGGGAGACUGUGCUGUGGGACCAGAGGCUGGAGAAAACAUCAAGGGAUGGGGAUGAGGAAAGGGAGAAAGCAGAUGAUGCCAAGCCCCCGCACCCUCCAACCCUGGAGCCCACAGGACCUGUACCCUCCCUCUCGGAGCUAGACUCUCUGCAGGACCCUCCAACACUCAAACCCAUCAGUGAAAGUAAGUCCUUGAAUCAGCUGCAGAAGAGGGUGGUGUUGGACAGGGAGCUCUUUGACAAGAAGGCUCUGCAGCGGGAGAGCCAAGCCUUCCAGCGCCUGCUCACCAACAACAGCCUGAAUGGACUGGCCUUGUCGCCUGCAGACACCCCUGCCAGCCCCUCCUUCAGCAGCGUGGGCCGACGAACAUCUGUCCUUUUUAAAAAAGCUAAGAACGGGGUGAAGCUGCAGAGAGGUCUGGACUGCUCCCUGGAAAACAGGGAGGACCGCAGGCAGAGCGGGCAGCUUUCACCCUCCUGCCCUGAUGGGGAGCGACAAGCUCGGAAGCGGCCACAGAGCAGAACCUGCAAUGAGAGCAAUCGAGAAAAGUCACCCAGGCAGGCAGGACAGAGAGGAGUGACUAAUGGCUUUGCAAAGCAUGCAGAAAGUGGCUCUGACUUCGAGUGCAGCUCUGCCCUGGGCAGUGGACUGGUGUUUGAAUCCUGCAGUGGUUUGAUGCCUCCUAAGCGCAGUCGAGGAAAGCCAGCUCUUUCUCGGAUGCCCUUCGUGGAAGGUGUGAAUGGAGAUCCUGAUUUCAGUGGCUCAGGCAGAACUCUCUUGAUGUCCUUUGAGAGUCAGGCUGAGCUGGAGCCCUUGGAGCUUGUGUGGGCCAAGUGCCGUGGCUAUCCUUCCUACCCUGCCUUGAUAAUCGACCCCAAGAUGCCGCGUGAGGGUUUGCUUCACAAUGGAGUCCCCAUCCCUGUCCCGCCCAUGGAUGUGUUGAAGUUGGGGGAGCAGAGGCAGACAGAGGCAGGAGAAAAGCUCUUCCUUGUCCUUUUCUUUGACAACAAGAGAACCUGGCAGUGGCUUCCACGUGACAAAGUCUAUCCCCUUGGUGUUGAUGACACAGUGGACAAGUUAAAGAUGAUGGAAGGACGAAAAACCAGCAUCCGCAAGUCUGUGCAGGUGGCAUAUGACCGAGCCAUGAUCCACAUGAGCCGAGUGCACGGAGACCAUCCCUUCAUUACAUCCAGUUACCUGUAA